CAAGCCAUGAUGUUCACCAACUGACGUGUCGCAUUGGGUUAUUUUGAGGAAAAACACGGGGCUGUUUUUGUGCCAGUCAUUUACCCCACAGCUAGAACAAUGGCAGAGCCCAGCAAGCAGGAUAUUUCUGCUAUUUUCAAACGGCUUCGCUCCAUCGCCACGAAUAAGGUUUGCUUUGACUGCUCAGCUAAAAACCCCAGCUGGGCCAGCAUCACUUACGGCGUGUUCCUCUGCAUAGACUGCUCUGGCACCCACAGGUCUCUGGGUGUGCACCUGUCCUUUAUACGGUCCACCGAGCUGGAUUUUAAUUGGUCAUGGUACCAGCUAAGAUGCAUGCAAGUGGGAGGCAAUGCCAGCGCGGUUGCAUUUUUCAGUCAACACGGGUGCACAACCAACGCCGCUAAUGCCAAGUACAACAGCCGAGCUGCCCAGCUGUACCGGGAGAAGAUAAAGACCUUAGCAACGCAAGCUACCAGGCGUCAUGGCACUGAGCUGUGGCUCGACAGUCAGGCUCCUCUCUCUCCAACGUCACCAGACGACAAGCAGAUGGAUUUCUUCAGCAUGCACUCACAGGCUUUUCCAGAAAACUUGAACAUGGCCAAGAUGAGUCUCAGCUCCCCCGCACCAGAGAAACCUUUGACCUCAGAAAAGGACGAAGACCGAAAUGGUAAUUUAGAGGAAGGUCCAAGUGUGGAAAUGCUGAGUGUUUCUCCAAAAGCGAACCCAGAGCCAUCCUCUCUUCUCAAGAAGAAGCCUGCAGGCGCUAAGAAAACACUGGCCUCUAAAAAGGGCGGCCUGGGUGCUCAGAAGGUCAGCAGCCAGAGUUUCUCAGAGCUGGAGAAGAAGGCUCAGGCUGCCGACAAACUCCGCGAGAAAGACGAGAGCUCUGGUGGUGCUGCCAGGAAGAACAAUACAUCCGAGGAGUCCAUCGCUCCAUCCAUGCGACUGGCCUUUAAAGAUCUCGAGCAGCAGAGGAAAAUGGAGGAGAAGAAGCUGAAGGGAUUAGAGGGAAACAGGAAGGAGCAAGCAGAAAGACUGGGCAUGGGUCUGGGCAUGAGAAGUGGGGUUUCUCACUCCGUGACUUCAGACAUGCACAUCAUCCAGCAGGAGAAUCCACUCGGAGCCAAGUCCACCAAAGGACGACGCUUUACAGAGGAAGACGAGGACGAAAGCGCCUUCAGCUCUAGGAUCCUGUCCCGGUUUGACGAUCAAUCCGAAACCUCUGACAAAUUCUCUUCGCGAUGGGGCGACGGAGGCGAUGGAGGGGGCUGGAUGAGAGAGAGCAAGAAGCCCGAGCCGGACUUCUUCUUGUCUUCUAUGUCUUCACUUGACGACAGACCCACAUCCAGGAGGAAACCAGAAGCGUUACCGGUGUCAGACUCAAGUGAAGCUCGGAACAAGUUUGGAAAUGACGUCAAAGCCAUUUCGUCUGACAUGUACUUCGGCAAACAAGACAACUCCGAGUACGAGGCCAAAACACGACUGGAGAGAUUUUCCGGGAGUGCCUCUAUCAGUUCAGCAGACCUGUUUGAUGAUCCGAAGAAGCAGGCUGCGAGUUCGUACCGUCUGAGCAACGUGCUGCCCAGCGCUCCCGACAUGUCGCAGCUCAAACACGGAGUGCGCUCUGUUGCAGGGAAGCUGUCAGUCAUGGCCACCGGCGUGGUUAACUCAAUCCAGGAUCACUACAAUUCUUGAAUCACACUGCGUCUCCUGUUGGAUUCAACGUCCAGAGUCGUCCUUGUUUAACAUUUCCAGUGAGUGAUACUCAUCUCGCAAAAAAAAAAAAGGAGAAAUAUAAAUCAAAGUUAUGAGCAAGUCUGCAGAAUUUACUCUAAUUAUUAUCCUGUAUAUAUCUAUCUAGUUUUUUAUUAGGUGAUGUAUAUACAACAGUCUCUAUAAAUCAAGAUGCGCAGAGCACAAUAUUUUCAGUGCAUUUAUUUUCCCCUGCAGACACCUUGAAGGGAGACUUCUGUGUAAAAUACAGUCCUAAAGAGUGUUUAGUUUGCAUUAUAUUACUUAGUUUGCUUUAAGGUUUCGGUGUUUAAAUGUUUAGAAAUGCUGUAUGUAGCAGUCUGGGAAGGUUUGGAGCGUCAUGAAGGACUGGUUUUCUUUCGCUUCCUUGAGUUGAAAAGGUCAAAAUCGAAAUAGCCAAGACAAAUUUUUUUGUAAAUAUUUAAUUGGAUAACACUUUGGGCUCAUUACAUGCACUCUGCAGUGUAUUUUUGUGCUGUUUCUUGUGCGAAGUUCCGCAGGUUUAGGAAGUGUCCUUUCCGUCCCCUAAGUGCACUUAAAAGUUUGCUUUCCCCCAGACAGGACCAAACACUGAUAAAGGGGCCUUGGGGGACCAGAUAUGUAGUGUGGUUACAAAACUUUUAUAGCUGAUGGCCUCAUUGGCACAUAAGCUUCAUUACGAUAUGAAAAGGAAAUGCUGUUUUUGCACGUCAUGCGAAGAAGUUACAGUUAAAUUAUGACAUGUCAAAGCAGUUCUUAUAAUUUAGCUUAGUUUAGCAUGAAAGACUGGAAACAGGAUAAUAUGGCUAGCGUGGUUCUGACAAUAGGUAACAAAUAUCUUCCAAACGGGAAUAUCUAAAGCUCAAUUGUGUUGAUAUAUUUUCAAAAAAGUGUAAAAAUAAUGAUUAGUUUUCUUACACAUGCUCUAGCUACUGCUACCAGCUAAGAAGUGGUUUGUUUUGGGACAUAUUAAAAUAAUAAUGAUCCAGGCUAGCUGUUUUCACCUGUUUCCAGUCUUGAUGUUAAGCUAAGCUAAUAGCUUAGCAUGAAAGAUUGGAAACAGGAUAAUAUGGCUAGCGUAGUUCUCUCCGUUUCCACCUGUUUCCAGUCUUUAUGUUAAGCUAAGCUAAUCAUUUAGCUUAACUUAGCAUGAAAUAUUGGAAACAGGAUAAUAUGGCUAGCGUAGUUCUAUCCGUUUCCACCUGUUUCCAGUUCCAGUCUUUAUGCUAAGCUAAGCUAAUCGACUCUAGCCUCAUCUCUUCUCAUCAGACUCUCAGCGCCAAAGUUUUUCUUUCAGUUUGAAUUAUUCCUUUAAAUCAAAACAGUCACUGUUACAAACAAUCCAGUGAACUUGCACCUUAAUGACCCAGAUUGAUCGAUUUAGGUCAGCUGCACAAUUGGUCUUUCCUCCUGCUAAUUGCCCAGAAUCAGGCAAUAUAUAGAAUAUGUUCACGGUGAAAUAUAAAGAUUUAUUGAAUUUAAUGUGGUGCCUUUGAUCGUGUUUCGGUUGCUGAAGUGUUUAUUGGGGAAUCUGUAUUUUAUCUUGUGGCUUAAGACUGUUGAGGGCUGGAAUUUCCUGAUGUGGUGAGACCCAUUUGUAGCUUUUAGGCCUCAUUUCCACACAAAAUAAAUGAAUGUAAACAAUGGGUAUAUUUCUAUUUUUUUGUUGAUGUAACAUACUGCCAAAGUCCAGUUGUUAUCUUUAAUCAAAUAUAACAGGGAUUUGCUGAUGAAGUGGUUUAUUUGUAAGCAAUAGAGAAGCAGCUUGUUAUCUGUGCAUGGUUGUUCAUUUUGGUAUUGAACGGCUUGUGCUCAACGAUCUUUGGUGGACCUUACAAUUGUAACUUGAAGCCCCGACUCCACAAAGUGAAAGUGGUAUUUCUCUAUGUUUACGUCUCAGGAUGUGUCAUAUUAGAUAUAAAACACUAAAAAAAAAAGGUUGUGCAUCCUUAGUGACCAAAUAUUUGUUUACUCCCAUCACUCAAUGCCUUAGUCCAAAGAUCUUUGAUAUUAUGAUAUCAUGGAGAUGACUAGUUACUUUUUUCUUUUUUUUUUUGCACAUAAUUUUUGUUAGAAAUUGCUCAAGGCAGCUUUUUGCUUGGAUGUACUGUAAUCCUCUUAAGUUGACAAUGCGUCCAUUUAGUUGAUCUUUGUAAGAUUUGUGUCCUCUGCUGUUGCGAUGUUCAGUGUUACAUAGGUUAUUAGUAGGUUGUGUAAUUUGCAUGGCCCUUGUAGUUCUGACUCAACAUGCCGACACAUCCUGAGCUUAACAGGUAAUCUGUCCGAUGAUUAUAUUGUAUAAUUAGUGGGGCUACAUACUGCUACAUACAGUACGCAAUGUAUAGAGCUUUGAAUUACCAUUUAUAGGAAGCUACUGAUAAUCAAAUUUUGACAAUUUUUGACACUCAAAAUGUAAGUAAGACUUAUGGGAAACAUGCCAAAUAAAUGGCUUGAGCAGAAA